CUACGUGCAACGCGUGGCCUUGGAAUUUAGCGGGAGCCUCUUCCCGCACGCGAUCUGCCUCGGAGACGUCGAUAAUGAUUCGGGGCAUCACCUCAAAUCACUUUGCCUUUCGAAGCCUCCAUAGAAGCUUAAAACGCGCCUUUGCUGCUCUUACACGUGGCUCCUUGCGCCGGAACACACUGCUGUACUUUUCUGCCUCUCCACCUCACCACCCCAUUCCUAAUGCCGAGUUUCUGUAAUGCCUGGUUUCUGUAAUGCCUGCUGCAUAGUACACCAAGCGUAUGGCAACUUGAAAGCGCUACACCUUGGUUGGAUUACAAAAACAAUUGACAUCUACCAUCUCCGCAGCUGUUCUUUUUCUCGUUGUUGAAAUGCAUUAAUACAGAUAAAGCAGGUAGAACUAUGCCUGGCCCACAGUUAACACCAAGUGUUAGUGUUGUUAGUAUUUGAUUCUGUUUCUGCAAAUGUUUAUUCAAGUGCCCAUUGUGUGCGCCAAGGACUCUGCUAUAUUCUGGGAAUUCCAAAAUGAACAAGACAGCCCCAGCCCUCAGCUAGCUCACAGUCAGGUAGGGUGAUAGUCACCAGAACAACGAAAUGUAAGGAGGUGCAUUGAUGAAAAUAUGUAGAAUUUUGAGGUGGAGCAUCAGAGGGGAUGGGGGCUGUUGCUGGUGUGAGACACUCUUAACAGACUCUUUUCAUUCAUUAUUCCCUAUUUUUAAUGCAAAGCACCUUAUUGCCAUCCUCUCCUACCCUCUGCCCCACCUUCCUAUUCUGCCGUCUUCUCAUUCUCACGUCCCUAACUGUUCUGUGCUCUCUUCCCUGGGGGAAAAAAGGGCUAGAACAUACCCCUGCCCCCAGCCUCCUUUGUGCUGUGAUAGAGAAGAUAUUUUAUGAAGCCUCUUUUGGUUCUACUCCCUGUAGGGAGGAAGGAGUUAUUCUCAUAAAUUUGUAUUGUUUUUUGGACUUUCACAUUUCGUAAUAUGCCAAGCAAUACAAUUUUAUGAGAAAAUCAAGAGAGGCAUUUUCAAAUAGUAAAUUAACAGAGUGACUUUAGGCGUACAUGAUUUUCCGUGUUAUCUGAUGGUCUUCUUUGUUUAAAAGGGAAAAAUACCUGUCUUUUUUCAUAGCUUCAUGGCAUCAGCUUUUUUGGAAAUUGUACUUUUCUAAGUAGAUUGCACCAAUACACUCAGUUCUACAAUAUUAGAUAUAUUGUACUACUUUUUUUUUUUUAACCCUGAGUUGUAAGCUCCAUAAGGCUGGGGAUUUAUCUGCUUUUUCACUGCUAUAUUCCCAACACUUAGAAUUGUGCCUGGCACAUAGUAGGUACUCAGAUGUUUGUUGAAUAAAUGAGGAUUGUUAUGGAAAGCAAAUGUGAUUAUUUGUCCCAAAGCAAUUUGAAGGGCUUUGCAUGUUAUUGAUAAAUAUAAUUGAAAGAAGGGCAAGUAGUUGAGAUCGUUGCCUAGUGGUACAUGUAUGUAUGCACGUGGUACAUUCAGCCUGCAUGAGUGUGGAUAGAAACGCUGUUAUUAGUUCAGCAUUUGGGGCAGGAAAAAGACUUAUUUCAUCCUCAUAAAUCAUUAGCCUAAAGUUCUUUGAAACUAAUUUGUUUCCUGGUAAGUUGUGGGGGAAGGGAAGCCAGGAAUAGGAUGCACACCCUGUAGGACUGCCCAUGGAAGCCUGGCUACACCAGGGGAAAAUCUCUAGAAGGCUAUAGCAGAUCAGAGAUCUCUCCUCCUGCCUCCUUUAGUAUUAUAUGGCGACUGUACCCUCUAGCUGGGGUUUCUUAGCGUCCGUGAGUGACCUCCAGAGGCCAGAGCCAGGAUCAGCCACAGGGAAGCAGAACUGCUGGGAAGCAUUAUAGCUGCCAGGAAGCAGAUGGGCUAGUUUGGAAAUGUCCUCUUCCGGGAGACCAGCCAUUGCCUCACUGUCAUUGCUUGGUCUUGCUUAUCAUUGCCUGGCUGGGCCACAUCUACUUGGUCACUGCUCUUACCAUACCCAUGUCUGUGCCCUUGUUAAAACUGUAAGGUCCCCCUCAGUAGGGAGUCUGUGGCAUUUAUCUUUGUACCCCUAACUCACUAUCUACCUUUACCUGGAAACUCAAGGGCUGACUGAGCAUUCCCUUUCAUUCUGAUUUUUCUCUGUUUCUUAAAAUCUUUUUUGUUAAUUGUCUAGUAAUUAAACAUUUAUCAGGGCGCCUGGGUGGCUCAGUCAGUUGAGUGUCCAACUCUUGAUUUCGGCUCAGGUCAUGAUCCCAGGGUCAUGGGGUCAAGCCCUGUGCUGGGCUCCUCACGGAGCAUGGAGCCUGCUCGGGAUUCUCUCGCCCUCUGUCUCUCUGUCUCUGUCUCUCUGUGCCCCUCUCCCCCACUCUCACUCUCUCUCUUUCAGAUUAAAUUAAAUUUGGGGCACCUGGGUGGCUCAGUCAGAUAAGUGUCUGAUUUUAGCCCAGGUCAUGAACUCAUGCUUCAUGAGUUCGAGCCCCAUAUUGGGCUCUCUGUGCUCAGCACAGAGCGCACUUCAGGUCCUCCGUCCUACUCUCUCUGCCCCUCCCCUACAUAUGCUCUCUCUCAAAAAUGAAAAAACAAUUUUUUAAAAAUCAAAUUUAAUUUAAAAGAAAAGCAAACAUUUACUGAGGUGCUGGUAUGGACUAUGGCAUUUGCUGAAUGGAUGUAUAAAAAAAGAAUAGAUUGUGUGAAAGAUACCAGGGUCCCUAGCCAUGGAGGCCUUUUAACUAGAGGCUGAAAACCACCUGGUAUUAGUGCUUGCUGUAUGCCAGUCACUGGUUUGUUUGUUUGUUUGUUUGUUUUUUAUUGUUUCUUCACUUUUGAGAGAGAGUGGGAGUGGGGCAGGGGCAGAGAGAGAGGGAGACACCGAAUCUGAAACAGGCUCCAGGCUCUAAGCUGUCAGCACAGCGCCCAUGAACUGUGAGAUCAUGACCUGAACCAAAGUCGGACACUUAACUGACUGAGCCACCCAGGUGCCCCUGACAGUCACUGUUUUAAAGGCCUUCCUCUGUUAUCUCAGUUCUUAGAACAACUUUAUUCAGUAAAUACCCUUAUGAUCUUUGUUUUAUAGAUGACAAAAUUUAAGCAUAGAGAGCUGGGUUCAAAUCCAGGCAGCUGCACUGAGCCUCUGUGCUGUGCAGCCUGCCCCCAGUGUGUCUGCCAAAGUCCUCUGGAGCGGCCGAAAUGGAAACAUCAGUUAAAUGAAUUGGUGGUGGGGGACACCAGCGGGAAGCUGUUUGUGUAUAAGAAUGAUGACAGUCGGCCGUGGCUCACCUGUUCCUGCCAGGGCAUGCUGACUUGUGUUGGGGUUGGAGAUGUUUGUAAUAAAGGAAAGCCAUCCCUCCUAUGCCUCUGCCUCUCCCAGAACCUGGUGGUGGCGGUGAGUGCUGAGGGAUGGUUUCACCUGUGUGACCUGACGCCUACCAAGGCCCUGGAUGCUUCUGGGCACCACGAGACCCUAAUGGGAGAGGAGCAGCAUCCAGUCUUCAAGCAGCACAUCCCUGCCAACACCAAGGUCAUGCUGAUCAGCGACAUCGAUGGAGAUGGGUGUUGUGAGCUGGUGGUCGGUUACACGGACCGUGUGGUACGGGCUUUCCGCUGGGAAGAUCUGGGUGAAGGCACUGAACAUCCAACAGGGCAGCUGGUGUCACUCAAGAAGUGGACACUGGAGGGUCAGGUGGACAGUCUUUCAGUGACUCCAGGGCCCUUGGGUGUUCCUGAACUGAUGGUGUCUCAGCCGGGCUGUGCUUACGCCAUUCUCCUGUGUACCUGGAACAAGGACGCCAGGCCCCCUCCCACCUCUGAGGGGGCCCCGGAGGGCAGCAGGGAGGCCCCGGCUGCCCGAGAUGUCAUGUUGCACCAGACUUCCGGCCGCAUCCACAACAAGAAUGUCUCCACCCACCUCAUUGGCAACAUCAAACGAGGUGAAGGCCACAACUCUGAGAUGGGUGGCUCCGGCCUCUUUGCCCUCUGCACCCUGGAUGGGACGCUGAAGCUCAUGGAGGAAGCGGACAAGCUGCUGUGGUCGGUGCAGGUGGAUCACCAGCUUUUUGCCCUAGAGAAACUGGAUGUCACGGGCAAUGGGCAUGAGGAGGUGGUUGCCUGUGCCUGGGAUGGACAGACGUAUAUCAUUGAUCACAACCGCACCGUCGUCCGCUUCCAAGUGGACGAGAAUAUCCGAGCCUUCUGUGCAGGCCUGUAUGCCUGCAAGGAGGGCCGCAACAGCCCCUGCCUCGUGUACGUCACGUUCAACCAGAAGAUCUACGUGUACUGGGAGGUGCAGCUUGAGCGGAUGGAGUCGACCAAUCUGCUGAAGCUGCUGGAGGCUGAGCCAGAGUUCCAGAGCCUGCUGCAGGAGCUGGGUGUGGAUCCUGAUGACCUCCCAGCUGUCUGCGCCCUGCUUCACCAAACCCUCUACCAUCCAGACCAGCCCCCACAGUGUGCUCCUGCAAGCCUUCACGAUCCCACCUAGCUGGACUUGCCCUCUUAGUUGAAGAAGGAGCCUCCUGAAGCAACCCACCCCCCAAGGUAUCCAUAGUGCUGGAAGGAUUGGGAGUAGACAUCACAGAGGAGCGUGGAAAGAUGGCAGCAACCUUAGGGAAGCUGUGAACUAUAGCCUUCAUGGUCUCCUUGGUGAAAGAAGAGGAGAGUUGGCCCUCGGCCCUAUUUCCUUAUGUACCUCACCCAUCACAUCAGCAGAAUCAUAGAACCCCAGCCUCAUUCCACAUCAUCUGGGACUGCCCCCUUCCUAGACCCCGCCCCCCCCCCCCCCCCCCCACUUCCAAAUCUCAUUGUGUGGAAAACAGACUUGUUCAUGAGGAGGGAGCACAGAUCCUUUGCAUGGCUCUGAUGCCUGUAAGGAAACCAGACUUCGGAGCCAGUAGGGCAAUGAGAUAAGGGCUCCCGCAUCCCAAGCUCCGUCUUCCAUGGCACAGCUCCAAGUCACUGGCAUUAGGGAUUAUUACAGGAAUGGCACACUGUUUUGCUUUUGAAGCGGGGGUCUUUAAUUAUCUUACAGUCUGGUCUUAAUUGUUCCCAGCAACGCUGAGAUGAUUGUUUUCUUUUUACCAAAGAAACUGGGCUAGCACUUUCUCAUUUUGCCUUGUUGCUUGUGCAACUUUGUGGGCCUUGCCCCCACAUCCCCCCAAAACACCUUUAGAAUCCGAUGUGGGUUUAUGAUCCAGACCACAAUCAGAAUUCUAUCUUGGACCAUUUAUAUUCCUUCUGCUCUCGAUUCUGUGCACCGUAAGUUAGUGUUUUUCACGUUACAGGCUGCGAUUCUUUGGUGGGUUGUGGUCAGCAUUGUUUGAAUAAACGAAAUGGGGUAGAAUAAAAUAGAAGGAAAAAUAUCAGAGUGUCAUACUCACAGCAUAGGGAAGUAUUGUUCUGUUAUAACUGUACAUGUGCAUGUGCAUGUGCAUGUGCGUGUGUAUGCUAACUGCUCUGUAAAAUGUAUUUCCUGCUGUGAGUUGUGUUCAGAGGAGUCAGAAAGCCAUUGCUCUCAAUUAUAUUAACCCAGCCAGACGGGUCAACCUGGGGAAAGGUCCACAUUCACAUCACCUUUCUGUAAGGGAAUAAGGGCAGAGUUACCAAUUUGGACUCUGAUCGACAUGGAGGGAAACCAGAGAAGGACAUGAGCAUAGAGAAACAGGUGUUUAUUCAAGUGGAGAAGCAGCUGGGCUGAAGGCCUGCCACUGGGUCUGGGGUCUGCGGUUAUAGAAGCAGCAGGAGGCAGGAAGGAACAAGCAGAGCCAGGAAAGCAGAGGUUAUGGGGCAAGGCAGUGAGGGACCAGGGUACCCACAUUACACGCGUGGUAGUGAGCCCCCUCUUCUCUUGAGGUCAGGGACUCAGCUGGGAAAGGCAAGACCAGAUGUCACAGGGCAGCUGGUUCUCCUCUAGUCUACCCCAGGCUCACAAUCUUGUUUCCACCCCAAGGUCCUAGUUCCCUAGCUGAGGUUAGUUACACCACUGUCUUCUUCUCCCCUUCGUCCGUGACUUGAGAGACUCAAACCUGCCAGAAAGACGCUCAGGGUGUCUGGCUCCUUAAGGUUUGGGUUCCUCUCUUUACAGUGAAGAUGAAAAGCCUCCUUGUUUUUGUGCUUUGGCUCAGAGCCUGGCAAGGGAUCAAAAUAAGAUUCCAAAAUAAGACUAGCUCAAGCUCAGGAGGCCAGAGAUGAGGGGAAGGAAGAACGUCUAAUGAGGUGAGUAGUUCUAGAAAUAAGAAAGACUACUGGUUAGGUUCCAAGUCUGAGUACGGCCAGGCCCUGCCAUCCUGUCCACCUUGUAGGGGCAGUUCCCAACAGGGCUCCUCACCAUCCCCCUGAAGUGUAAAAAAGCAAGUGGAGGAGGAGAGACACCUGGAGAAAUGCUAGAGGUACACCCAAGGUUUUGCACAGGGAAAUCAAAUAAUAACUGACUUCCGACAUUUGCAACCCCAGGAAAGGUAACUGAGAAAGCUUCUGAAGCUCCUCUGCCAACUCGCCUUUCUACUGUACCGGAGUAUUCUGUUUCCUGUUUCUUCCCCCACUCAGCUGUGAGCAGAUGUGCGCAGAAUCAGAAAGGCAGGCGGCAGCAGGGACAGGACCCCUGGUGGGUGAGAUGUGGCAGUCUAGCUGCAAGAGGUACUAAGCCCCAGGAGGGGAAGGGAGAGGCAUGGGAGUGAAGGCCACCGAGGGGUGUGUGGGGUGGAUCUGGAGGCAGGUAAAGGACAGUACGGGCUGCAGCCUUUGACUUGGACCAGUUCCUACCACGCCACGCUUACAUCCUUUUCCACAGUCCUGAUUUGGAGGGGAACGGGGAGGCCAGUCCCCUGAGAUCAUGGGCCCUCUUUCUGGAAGUCUUCUGGAGGAUUGGGCAGUUGCUGAGAAGCAGAGAAGAAUGUGGCUGACUGAGGCCAAUGGGACGGCAGGGUCAGGGUGGUGACAGAAGGGACAGACGUGGUAGUCCCAGGUACCUGGCUCUAGUAAUGCCCCAUUCCCCAACAUGGCUCUUCCCCGAGGCAAGGUCCUUCCCCCGGGGACUGACUGGUUCAUCAGUCACUGGCCAGGCUCUUGGUACAGAGGCAGGAAGGGCAGCUCUGGGAAGGGGGCCCUCAGCCGCAGCACUCCAUGCUCGAGGUCGAUGCAGCACUGUUGGGGGGUGGGGGGAAAUGUGUGCUUCUCUCAGCAGGUAGCCUCUCCCUCAGCCCUCCCCCCCCCAAACUUUCCACAGCCCCCAGCCCCCUGCUCCUUGCUCAUCCCCCUGUUUCCAUUCACCUGGAACUCUGGGGUUGUGGGCAGUGGGACCUGGUUCUUAUGUUUCACUUGUGGGCAAAUAAGGAACCUCUAAGGAAGCAAGGUGAAAUCCCACAACUCUGAGCCAUUCUCAUCAGAAGCUGGCCCACGCUUCCUCGCCUGUGCCUUUUACCUCUUUAUCCCAGCCCUUUGGAUCAGGCCCCAAAUGUGGGUCAAGCGCCCGCAUCCUUCUUACCUUGAGAGAAAGCAGAGUCUGCAGUCCAAGACAGAAUUCAGGACUCUCAACAUCUGCAGGAAUCGUUUGAAAACAGAAGAGGCUGGAGGGCACCCAAGGGUCACAGUGCCCUGUGAGCACUCACUCCUUGUCUUCCCUCCCCACCCCCAGCUCUGAGGAUCUGGGCCCAGAGAUUGGGGGCACCUCAUAUGGUGCCAGGAGAGGAAGGCGGAAGAGGAAGAAGAGGCUGUGAAUGAACGGAGGACUCACCCACAACCUGGGCUGAGCAGGCCACCGUCUCCUGGCCCAGCUGUAGCUCCAGCUGCUCCACCUGCGUGGGGGGCCCAGGUGCCACGUCCCCACCUGGGGCUUUGAGGACCUUCUUCCCUAACCUGUGGUUGGGAAGCAAGGGUUAUGGCCACCACAGCCCCCAACCCCAAUGCCUUUGUCAGCUGACGCCCCUCCCCCUACACGUGGGUUCUCAUCCAAUCCCUUGCCCCCACGUGGGGUCUGAAUCCUUGUCUUCUCUACCAGAGCCCCCAUCCAAUCUUUUUUUUUCCAAUUAUAGCUCUAUUGGUAUAUAGUUCAUAUACCGCAAAAGCUACCCUUUUAUAAAUGCAGAGGUUUUUAGUAUAUUCAUAGAGUUAUGCAACUACCACUACUAUCUAAUAUCAGAAUAUUUUCAUCACCCCCCCUAAAGAAACCCCAUCCCCCUUCCAUCCUUUUAGGCCGCACUCUUACCCCAGGCGGCUGAGGCACCCAGCCGAGAUCUGGUUGUGUUGGGUGCCUGUGUCCACGGCCACCCGAAGCUCCUGGUCUCGGCACUGAGAGAGAGGGUCGCGGGGAGUCAGUGACAAUGGAUUGGGCUUGGAUCCUUCACCUUUCCCAGCCCUUUGAUGACUCCCUCUCAAAAACGAGUGAAGGGAAUGAACCAAGCCUUUCAGAGUGAUCUUUAUGGCACUCAUGCAAUUGAGGCAAAACUGGCUCUUAGAUGGAGGAAUCAAAAAAGGAAAUAGAGCUGUCUAUGGGGAGAUCAUACACUUGGGAACCACUUGACCAGAAAUGGAGAUCUGUUUGUGUAGAGGAAUUCUUGGGAAGCUGGGGGCUUAGGUUAGAGAGGUCUAGGUGAGGGAUACAGGAGGGGUGAGAAGACCAGGCUGUCUCGCCGGGAAGUUCAGAUGAGGGUAAGCGACAGGUUUACCACGGAAACAGACGGGUUCACUUUCUUCUGGAUAUAUACAGACAUUUGUGGGUACACUUGGACAUCCCAAAUGCAUGUCAUUUUCUCAAUCCAGACUUCUGCUGAGCACCUGCUAUGUGCCAGAGAUGUUGUUGGAAGGUACAUCAAUGAAUGCUAUGCUCGGGUGUAGGGGAGGUGACAUGUAACUAAUGCAUGGUAGAAAGUUUUAAGGUCUAUGAAAGGGUUGUCAAUAAAGUGUCCUGGAUAUUGAGAGGGAGGGGAGGCUCUUUCUCCCCUGGGGAAAUCAGAAAAGGUUUCAAAGAAGAGGUAACAGUUGAGGCUUUAAAAGGUUCUAGAAUGUGGCCACAGACUGGAGAGCAGGAAGAGGAAAUGCCACACAAAAGUGGUGGCAGAGGAGUGGUGGGUGUUCAGUACCGCUGGGGUGGUCAAAUGGCUCUAGAGAGGACAAGGCUGUCAUCGGGAAACACUGGCAAGUAUUUACACAUGCGCAUUUGGAGAUUACAUUUGAUAAAAGGGUUGGCAUGGACACGUGGAAUUGCACGGAGGGAAGAUGGGUUGAGGUAGAAAGUAGAGAAUGUACAGGAUCCCAUUUUUAGGUCCAACCUCGGGGGAGAGGUGCUUUUUCUCCCUCCCUCCUUCCCUCACCACCCAGGGGAGGAAGGAGAGUGGCGGAAGUGAGCCGUUCACAGGAUCAUUCAUGAAAGCCAGUGCCCUGGGAGGCCUCUCACCUUGCAGUUCACCAGAAGAGCAGGAAUCUGUGUCUUGCUGGUCUUCCUCCUGCUCUCCUGGCUGUGAAUCGGGGCCUGCGCGGGGGGAGACUCCCCCUGAAACUGACUCUGGUUUCCCUCCACCAGGCGUCUUUGGAUCACACUGUGCGGC